AUGUCUCUAAUCCCAGACACGUCUUCGAUCUUACUUACACAGUCGUCCAGCAGGGGAAAGUUUGUGAAGCUAUCAUUCUCUGUUCGUCGUUUCCAUAAACGUAGCUUUUUUUUAAACGCCUUCAGGUUUUCUUCCGAUUCAGUGAUGUUGACAUCCAGCGCCUUGCAUCUGUCGAUUGUACGCCAAAAUACGAACAAACAAGCAAAUAACAACAACAACAACAAUAAUAAUAAUAACAAUAAUGAUAAUUAUAAUAAUAAUAAUGAUGAUAACAAUAAUAACAAUAAUAAUAAUAACAAUAAUAAUAAUAAUAAUAAUAACAAUAAUAAUAAUAAUAAUAAUAACAAUAAUAAUAAUAAUAAUAAUAAUAAUAAUAAGAAUAAUAGCGACAAUAAUAAUGACAAUAACAAAAAAUUAAACAGUAACCACAAUAAUAUUAGUAACCAUGAUGAGAAUGUUUUCUUUACUAAUGAUAAUAAUAAUAAUAAUAACAAUAAUAAUAAUAAUAAUAAUAAUAAUAAUAAUAAUAAUAAUAAUAAUAAUAAUAAUAAUAAUAGAAACUGAAAUCAUUGGCACCAAACAAGCAAAACGGAUCAAACAGACAGCAAAAAAGAACGGGCAGAAAUAAAUUAA